GCACUGUAUAUCCAAUAAAAACAGAGAGAAUUUCUGAAAUUCUGAGGUCACCGAAAGAAAAAAGGAAAGGAAAGUAGAAAAAGAAAAAGUUUUGCAGAGGAAGAAGAAGAGAAAGAAAAGAAAAAAUGGGUCUUCGUCUCCGUCUUCGUCUCCCUCACAAAAGCUCUCCUCGUACACCUUCCUAUCUCCUUCUGUGUGUUCUUGCUCUCUCCUUCUUCUCCUUCACCGCUCUUCUUCUCUACAAGGUUGACGACUUUGUAGCUCAGACAAAAACUCUUGCCGGACAUAACUUGGAGCCAACGCCGUGGCACAUCUUCCCACGCAAAUCUUUCAACGAGGCCACGAAACGUUCUCAGGCUUACCGAAUCCUCCAGUGCUCCUACUUCUCAUGUCCGUACAACUCCGAACCAAAGAGGCUCCUGUCGAAUUCCGGGUCGGGUCGUCGAACCCAGCAACCGCAAUGCCCAGACGUUUUCAGGUGGAUUCACCGGGACUUAGAGCCAUGGGCAAAGACAGGGGUAACUAAAGAGCACGUGAAGAAGGCGAAAGCUAAUGCUGCGUUUCGAGUGGUGAUACUAUCUGGAAAGCUAUACGUGGAUCUCUAUUACGCGUGUGUGCAGAGCAGAAUGAUGUUCACCAUCUGGGGGAUUCUGCAACUGCUCAACAAGUAUCCAGGGAUGGUUCCUGACGUCGACAUGAUGUUUGAUUGUAUGGACAAACCAAUCAUCAACCGGACCGAGCACCAGUCGUUUCCCGCUCCUCUUUUCCGAUAUUGCACCAACGAAGCUCAUUUGGACAUUCCUUUUCCAGAUUGGUCAUUCUGGGGCUGGUCGGAGACAAAUCUAAGGCCUUGGGAAGAAGAGUUUAGGGAUAUAAAGCAAGGGUCUAGGAGAAGCAGCUGGGACAACAAGCAACCUAGAGCUUACUGGAAAGGGAAUCCCGACGUUGUAUCGCCUAUAAGAAUGGAGCUUAUGAAAUGUAACCAUCCAAGGUUAUGGGGAGCACAGAUUAUGCGCCAGAACUGGGAAGAAGAAGCAAAAGGUGGGUAUGAACAAUCCAAGCUCUCCAACCAAUGCAAUCACCGGUACAAAAUAUAUGCAGAGGGUUACGCGUGGUCAGUAUCUCUAAAGUAUAUCCUGUCAUGUGGUUCCAUGACGCUCAUAAUCUCACCUGAGUAUGAAGAUUUCUUCAGCAGAGGCCUCAUCCCAAAGGAAAACUACUGGCCUGUCUCUCCCACUGAUCUAUGUCGGUCCAUCAAAUUCGCUGUGGACUGGGGCAAUGCCAACCCCUCUGAUGCUGAAACAAUAGGAAAGAGAGGACAAGGUUACAUGGAAAGCAUUAGCAUGAACCGGGUCUAUGACUACAUGUUUCAUCUUAUCACUGAGUACUCAAAGCUUCAGAAGUUCAAACCAGAGAAGCCGUCUUCAGCUAAAGAGGUCUGUGAAGGAUCAUUGCUUUGCUUCGCAGAACAAAAAGAGCGGGAACUACUCGAAAGAUCCAGAGUUGUACCUUCUCUGGACCGACCAUGUAAGCUUCCAGAUGCAGAUAGGAGUAGGCUUGAGAGAUUGAUCCAACAGAAGAAGAAAACAAUCGAAGAUGUUAGAUACAUGGAGAUGACGAGAACAAAGACUGGUUCCAGAUAAAUUGUCUUUGCUGGAACACAAAUUUUGGUUUUAUUCGCUUUUUUUGCCCAGCAUACGUGUGUUCAUCAUCAGCUAUAGCACGAGAUUAUACUUGAUUACGGCUUGAUUUAUAGAAUAAAGAAACCAUAAUCUUACAGUUACACCAA